AAGAGUUAGACUGUUGCUGAUUGUACAGAGUGCUCGUGCGUUUUUUCCCUUCUUUGUCUCGAGCGCCUUCCAGCUGCGGUAACCUUGACAACCGCUCGUGACUUGCAGCCGGCUGUGUAGAGCGAGCAGCAGCAGCAGCAGCAGCCAUGCGCGCGCGCGGAACAGCGCAACGAAUCUUUGCCUAUUAAACGUCUGUUUAUUUUAAUCUCAAAGUCCCGGUACCGGGGCCAUGUUGGCUUCCACAGAGCUAAGCUAAGCUAAAAUAAACACAGAAGCAGGAUGCCCUUCACUGAAAUAACAGCAUUACAAAAAAAAAAAAAAAAAAAAAAAAAAAAAUAUCUUCCUCGCGCAUCCUAUAUUAACAGACACCUGUAAAUGCACGAGCUCCGGAUAAAAGAAAGAAAAGGAAUCAUGUGACCCAAACAAAAGGGGCGCGUUAUCCAUCCUGAAGGCCUAACGUUAACUGUCGCAAAGACGGCUGGCUGCUCGCUUUCCGUUUCCGCGCGCUGGCACGAGACAACUUUCUCCGCGUAUAUCCCGACGUAACCUCCCGCGUUUUCUCCGCGCGCGCGGACACACUCGACCGGGGAGGGGAUAAAAAAAGAGGGACAAUGCGCGUGAGAGAUGAGGGGGCACGCGGCGCUGUUUACACACACACACACACACACACACUUAUGCACAGAUACCACUCACGCGCUUCCGCUCACUACUAGUAACACCUGGUUACCAGGGCAGCAUUACUAACUAGUUGCCUGCGCAAUUAUGGGAUGGAUUGCCAUGGCAACAGACCAGACGUCACGAGCUGGAGCUGGGCAUGUGUGUUCCAUUUUCGUCUCUUAUUUUCAGACCCGAGGAUUUUUGGAUAGAGGAGGAAGAGGGAAAGAAAAGACCGGAGCGACUCCAGACCUCCAGAGCUUUUUUUGUGCUUUUUAGUAAAAAAAAAAAAAAAAUUAAUAAAAAAAUCCUCACCUUCAGCUGUCCCCCUUUUUACAUUCUUCAUCUAGUCCUUUAAAAAAGGCGUUGCUUAAUCGGGAGUUUGUGCGACUUUUUGUUUUUUUAAACUCCCCCGGACGCACGGAUGUAAUUUUUGUGCGUGAGGGCGCGCGCGCGUGUGUGUAUGUGUAUGUGUGUGUGUGUGUUAUGCGGUGAAGAUGCCCGGAUCGCUGAGCAACGAGGAAGAGGGCCAAGACGAUUUGGAUUUUGAAGACGACGUGCCAGAUGAGGAUGAGGAGACCGAACACGUCCGUGUGCCGCUCUCACCUCUGGAGCGCUUCUUCUCGGACGACGACUCGAUCAAGCAGAAGAAGAAGAAACCCAGCAAGCAGAAGGAGGGCAGGGUGCCCAAAGUGAAAAAGAAGAAGAAGGAGGGUGGCUCCAGCGAGCACGAGGAUGUGUCGGACAGGGAGGACCAGCGCUCCGGGAGCGAGAGCAGCAGCUACGGCAUGCUGAAGAAGAAAAAGAAGAAGCCUAGAGAAAAAAAGGAGAAGAAGGGCAAAUGGAGGAAGAAGGACGAUGAUGAUGACGAGGAUGACGACGAUGGAAAUACGAAGGAACCCAAAUCUUCGAGUCAGCUGAUGGAGGAGUGGGGUCUCGAGGACGUCCAGUACGCCUUCUCUGAGGACGAUUACAAAACCAUCACCAACUACAAGGCCUUCAGCCAGUUCCUCAGGCCCCUCAUCGCCAAGAAGAACCCCAAGAUCCCGAUGUCCAAGAUGAUGACGGUGUUAGGCGCUAAAUGGCGCGAGUUCAGCGCCAACAACCCGUUUAAAGGCAGUUCGGCGACGGCUGUAGCCGCUGCAGUGGCUGCCGCAGUGGAAACGGUCAAUAUCACGCCUUCAAUCUCCAUCAGCAGCGUCCAGCAGCUCUCUCCAACCGGGCAGGUCAAAAAAGCCAAAACCAAAGAGGGCAAGGGGCCGAGUGCAAGGAAGAAGAGCAAGCAGCCAAAGGACACGAAAAAGAAAGCAAAAGCCAAGAAGCCCAAACUGAAGGCAGGCCAGAGCAGCAAGAGGAAAAAAGCCUCCUCGAGCGAGGACGAUUUCUUAGACGAUUUCUCUGACUUUGAUGACAUCAGCAUCCACAGUGCCUCUGUUCGCUCCGAUGCCUCGGGGGUGCCCAAGAAGAAAACGAGGCGAGGACGCAAAAAGAGGAAACGAGAGGACGGAGACGGCUACGAGACGGACCAUCAGGACUAUUGUGAGGUGUGUCAGCAGGGUGGUGAGAUCAUUCUGUGUGACACCUGCCCCCGAGCCUAUCACCUUGUGUGUCUCGAGCCCGAGCUGGAGAAGGCCCCCGAGGGCAGAUGGAGCUGCCCUCACUGCGAGAAGGAGGGAAUUCAGUGGGAAGCGAAGGAUGACGAUGAGGAGGAAGAGGAUGCUGCAGGAGAGGAAGAGGACGAUCACAUGGAGUUCUGUCGAGUGUGUAAAGACGGUGGAGAGCUGCUGUGCUGUGACACGUGUCCUUCCUCCUACCACAUCCACUGCCUGAACCCGCCUCUGCCCGAGAUCCCCAACGGAGAGUGGCUGUGCCCGCGGUGCAUGUGCCCCCCUCUUAAAGGGAAAGUUCAGAAGAUUCUGCACUGGAUGUGGGGGGAUCCGCCUUUACCCCCCGAGCCUCUCUCCACUCAGGAUGGUAAAAAGGAGGAUGUACCGGUCAAACCUCCGCUAAAGGGUCAUCCUGAGAGGCUGCUGUUUGUGAAGUGGGCGGGUCUGUCCUACUGGCACUGUUCCUGGGUCAGCGAGCUACAGUUGGAGCUCUAUCACACGGUCAUGUACAGGAAUUACCAGAGGAAGAACGAUAUGGACGAGCCUCCGCCCUUCGACUACGGCUCAGGUGAAGAGGAGCUCAACAACGAGAAGAGGAAGAGCAAAGACCCACAGUACGCCGCUAUGGAGGAGCGUUUCUAUCGCUAUGGGAUCAAACCUGAAUGGCUAAUCAUCCACCGGAUCCUCAACCACAGUUUUGACAAAGACGGAGACGUUCACUACCUGAUCAAAUGGAGAGAUUUACCGUACGACCAGUGCACCUGGGAGAUCGACGACUUCGACAUCCCUGAAUACGAGAGUUUUAAACAGGCCUACUGGGACCACCGGGAGCAAAUGCUGGGUGAAGACCAUCGUCCCCUAGUGGUGAGAAAAGGAAAGAGCCUGAAAGAGGAAGUGAAGAGGAGAGAAGCUCCUCCUGAGACUCCAGUUGUGGAUCCCACUGUUAAAUUUGAGCAGCAGCCAUGGUUCAUCGAUGCUACAGGAGGAACUUUGCACCCGUACCAGCUGGAGGGUCUGAACUGGCUGCGUUUCUCCUGGGCACAGGGAACCGAUACCAUCCUGGCUGAUGAGAUGGGACUGGGCAAGACGGUGCAGACGAUAGUGUUCCUGUACUCGCUCUAUAAAGAGGGUCACUCUAAAGGCCCGUUCCUGGUCAGCGCUCCUUUGUCCACCAUCAUUAACUGGGAGCGAGAAUUUGAGAUGUGGGCUCCGGAUUUUUAUGUGGUGACGUACACGGGCGAUAAAGACAGCCGGGCGGUGAUACGGGAAAACGAGUUCACGUUCGAGGACAGCGCUGUCAAAUCAGGACGCAAAGUGUUCCGCAUGAAGAAAGACAUACCUGUGAAGUUUCACGUGCUGUUGACCUCGUAUGAGUUGAUCACCAUUGAUCAGGCUAUUCUGGGCUCCAUCACUUGGGCGUGUUUGGUCGUGGAUGAAGCCCAUAGACUGAAGAAUAACCAGUCUAAGUUUUUCAGAAUUCUGAAUGGUUAUAAGAUUUACUACAAGCUGCUCCUGACCGGCACGCCUCUGCAGAACAAUCUGGAAGAGUUAUUCCACCUGCUGAACUUCCUCACUCCAGAGCGCUUCAAUAAUCUGGAGGGAUUUCUCGAGGAGUUUGCUGACAUUUCUAAAGAAGAUCAGAUUAAGAAGCUGCAUGACCUGUUGGGACCUCACAUGCUGCGGAGGCUGAAGGCCGACGUCUUCAAGAACAUGCCAGCGAAAACGGAGCUAAUUGUGCGUGUGGAGCUCAGCCCUAUGCAGAAAAAAUACUACAAGUUCAUCCUGACGCGAAACUUCGAGGCUCUGAACUCUAAAGGAGGCGGAAACCAGGUUUCACUUCUCAACAUCAUGAUGGACCUGAAGAAAUGCUGCAACCACCCGUACCUGUUCCCUGUGGCGGCCGUGGAGGCCCCUGUGUUACCCAACGGGUCGUACGAUGGGAACCUGCUGGUGAAGUCCUCAGGGAAACUCACUCUGCUUCAGAAAAUGCUCAAGAAGCUCAAAGACAACGGACACCGCGUCCUUAUUUUCUCACAGAUGACGAAGAUGCUGGACUUGUUAGAGGACUUCCUGGAGUUUGAAGGCUAUAAAUACGAGCGUAUUGAUGGCGGGAUAACCGGAGGACUGCGGCAGGAGGCCAUCGAUCGCUUCAACGCUCCGGGAGCGCAGCAGUUCUGUUUCCUGCUGUCUACUCGUGCUGGGGGAUUGGGAAUCAAUCUGGCAACCGCUGAUACUGUCAUAAUCUAUGACUCUGACUGGAACCCACAUAAUGACAUUCAGGCGUUCAGCCGAGCGCAUCGUAUUGGACAGAAUAAGAAAGUGAUGAUCUAUCGCUUUGUGACGCGGGCGUCAGUGGAGGAGCGGAUUACCCAGGUGGCCAAGCGCAAGAUGAUGCUCACACAUCUGGUGGUGCGUCCGGGCCUAGGCUCCAAAACGGGGUCCAUGUCCAAGCAGGAGCUGGACGACAUCCUGAAGUUUGGCACAGAGGAGCUCUUUAAAGACGACGUGGAAGCCAUUGGUGACAGUAAGGAUGGAGAGGAAGGCAGUGUGAUCCACUACGAUGACAACGCCAUCUCCAAGCUGCUGGACCGCAGUCAGGACGCCACCGAGGACACUGAGAUCCAGAACAUGAACGAGUACCUCAGCUCCUUCAAGGUGGCUCAGUAUGUGGUGCGGGAGGAGGACGGAGAGGAGGAGGUGCAGAGGGAGAUCAUUAAACAGGAGGAGAAUGUGGAUCCUGACUACUGGGAGAAACUCCUGCGCCAUCAUUACGAGCAGCAGCAGGAAGAUCUGGCACGCAAUCUGGGGAAGGGCAAGCGCAUCCGCAAGCAGGUCAACUACAACGACACGUCUCAGGAGGACCAAGAAUGGCAGGAUGAUCUUUCAGACAAUCAGUCCGAAUACUCAGUGGGAUCUGAGGAUGAAGAUGAAGAUUUCGAGGAGAGACCUGAAGGAGGAAGGCGACAGUCUCGCAGGCAGCUGAAGAGCGACCGGGACAAACCGCUGCCUCCACUGCUAGCUAGAGUAGGAGGAAACAUAGAGGUACUUGGUUUUAACGCGCGUCAGAGAAAGGCCUUCCUGAACGCCAUCAUGCGCUGGGGUAUGCCUCCUCAAGACGCCUUCAACUCCCACUGGCUGGUCCGAGACCUGAAGGGGAAAAGCGAAAAAGAGUUCAGAGCGUACGUGUCGCUGUUCAUGAGACACCUGUGUGAGCCGGGAGCAGACGGAGCGGAGACGUUUGCGGACGGCGUGCCGAGGGAGGGUCUGUCCCGACAACACGUCCUCACCCGGAUUGGAGUCAUGUCUCUCGUGAGGAAAAAGGUGCAGGAGUUUGAGCAUGUAAAUGGGAAAUACAGCACUCCAGAUUUGAUUCCUGCAGGUCUGGAGCUGAAAAAGCUCACAGAGAGUCUCUCUUCAGACCCAAACACCCCUGUACCAGCCAGUCCUGCUCCGACUCAGCCCAGCACCCCGGUACCAUCAGACAAACCUGAGAGUGGUCCCGUUCCUCCAGAAGAUAAAGACAGCGCCGAACAUGACAGCACGAAAACAGUCGAGACUGAGCAAUUCCGUCUCUCUUCUCAGACAUCCAAAGAGUCCGAGUCAUAUCCCGACAAGAUGAGUGAGAGUGAAGAACUGAAAAGAGGUGGCGCUGAGCAGAAAUCAAACGAAGAAAACGAGAAGAAAGAUGACUCACCCGCCGAAUCGGAGCCCUCGACCAAUCAAACGCAGCCAAUAUCCAAGCAGAACGAGCAGUCCACCAAUCAGACGGCACUUAUAGGACAACAAAGUAAAGACGUGGAGAACACAGCUGAGAAAACGGAAAAAGACGCUUCUUCUGCCAUGAAGUUGGAGGACAAAGAACCAAAACAAGCUGUUUCCCAUGAGCCCAAAUCUGAGGACGCCACUGAGAGUCAGCUGAACGGAGAGAAAGAAACGAGGGACGAGGUGGACGAGAACCAAAAAGACGAAAAGAAUGGCGCUAAGACACGCUUCAUGUUCAACAUUGCAGACGGAGGCUUUACAGAGCUGCACACUCUGUGGCAGAAUGAAGAACGUGUCGCUGUGUCAUCCGGUAAGAUGUAUGACAUCUGGCACCGGCGCCAUGACUACUGGCUUUUGGCUGGCAUCGUAACUCACGGCUACGCUCGCUGGCAGGACAUCCAGAACGACCCACGCUAUGCCAUCCUCAACGAGCCCUUCAAGACUGAGAUGAACAAAGGCAACUACCUGGAGAUGAAGAACAAGUUCCUGGCACGGAGGUUCAAGCUGUUGGAGCAGGCCCUGGUGAUUGAGGAGCAGUUAAGGCGGGCAGCUUACCUGAACAUGACGCAGGACUCCACACACCCAGCCAUGGCGCUUAACACACGUUUUGCCGAGGUCGAGUGUCUGGCCGAGUCGCACCAACAUCUCUCUAAAGAGUCUCUGGCUGGAAACAAGCCGGCUAAUGCCGUCCUACACAAAGUGCUGAAUCAGCUGGAAGAACUGCUGAGUGAUAUGAAGGCGGAUGUGACAAGGCUGCCGUCCAUGCUCUCCCGCAUCCCUCCUGUAUCCGCACGACUCCACAUGUCUGAGAGGAGCAUCCUGAGCCGUCUCACCAACCGAGAGCCUCAACCCCAGCAGCCUUUUCCACAGGGAUCUUUUGCCUGUUCUUCAAUGUACAGUAACAGUUUUGGAGGAGGAUUUCGAGGUCCUGCUGGAGCUGCCAUGGUUAACUACAGCCAGAUGCCCCUGGGGCCGUACGUUAGUGUGUCCUCAAACGGUCCUCCAGUACCCAGCAGCCACAUGGACAAGAAAUCCAGUGAGGUUUUGAGAGACGUGUCUCCACCUGACCUCAAAUCCAGCAAACCCUCGGACGUCAUCUGCAUCGAAGACUAGCCCUCAUCUUAAUCACUUCUCUGUCUCAUAGAUAAAAUCUGAACAUUAUUCUGGAACAUUCCUCCCACCAUACAAAUAAAACUAAUCUUAUGAAUUGCACUUUUGUCUUGAAGCAUUCUCGCGUGUGCGCUUGUGAGUUGAUCAGUAUUCUCCUGCUUCUGUUUUUGUUUUUUAAUUACUAUGGUCGAUAGAGAGCGAUCCGAGGACAGUGCGUGACAAGGAUGCUCUCUUCUUCUUACGGAUCUUUGAAAUCUGUCAUUUCUGGCAUUUUUGAGACAUUUAUUGGAUCUUUUUUCCCCAGCACCAGAAUCUUUUACUGGUGCGUGAAUGUGGUGCGACAUCUAGAGGUUCUUCUUGUGUACUGCAUCCGGAAGAAGGAAGAUGGUCAUGUGACCCACAUGCUAGUUAUUGAUUAUGCUGCUUGCAACGCGCUGUAUGGUGGUUAAAGGCAUUUUGGAGGUGAUGGGAUAUAAAAUGGAUAUAACCCCCAUUUUAUGUGCACUAUAACAGUCUCUGAGUGCAUCAUAAGAAUUAUUCAGCCAUAACCUGGAAUUAUUCAUGUGUUACAUACAGUCCUGUCAGGCUUUUUAUUGUUUUUGCUUAACAACAGCGUAUAAAUGAAAUUUUGCUUGAUGAUAUGAACAUAAAUAUCUAAUCAUGAGCAAGGAUCCUGACAGGCACUGAGUUUCUUAUCCAUUAACUGUAAAAUAGCUGCAGCACUUUUGUCUUAUUUAAGGAUUUCAGCUCCCUGGUAACACUACUUCUGCAGGAUUAUGAGUGUGUAUUAUAACAGUAAUGGAUUUGUUUCUCUUUACUUGACUGUACAAGUGUAUCAAGUGUUGAAUUAAGCUGGGGUCGUAUUACAGAAAAACUGAAAAUCCUACCUUAGGAUCUAUGAUAAGGUUCAAGUUUGUUUUUCCCCUACGAAUUUAGAAAUAUCUCAUUUUAUCUCAAAUUACAAAAUCCUAAAAUAGUCAAUAAUCAGUUGCCAUGCCUGUUACUAAUGCUGCGUUAAUCACAAUUGGGAACUUUCCCCAGUUUUCUUCCCACUUCCCACCUUUCAUGCCAUCUCAGCUGUUAAGCAUAACUAAAAAUUUUACAAAAAAAUUAUAAAAAGUAUGAUGUUACAUUCUUUAAUAAAUAAAAAUUGUAAUUGUUGGCGAAUAGCUGUGGUAUAAGAGAAAUAAAACACUUCGUUAUAGGAUUAUUUUCCUAUAUCUACAUGACGUCAAGUGUUUUAUUCCUUACAAACUUCAGCAGUAGGAGCUUUCUGUAAUACGGCCUCUGAAAUCAUCUUAAAAAUCAUCUGGAAGUGAUAUAUGCCAUGUUUACUUCUUUUAUCAUUUUCACGAUAUUGCUUUAAUCCGAAGUUUAUUGCCUUGUUGCAAUCAUUGGGCAGAAAAUUUGAAACCAUACAUUAUGUUUUCUCCAAAUGCCAAUGCCUGCUUGGCUUAUUAUUAACUACUGCUUAUAUUAUUAUUAUUAUUUUAUUUAUUUAUUUUUUUUGGAUAAAUGGUCUAUGAUCAUAGGGCACUAAAUCGAUUUUGCUGCCAUGGAAGGUGUGGAAGUGGACUGUUUUGUGUUUACAUUUUAAAUCUGUGUGUUUUAGUAAAAGCAUUGAAUGUGAAGCUCAUCUGGAUGCAUCAAAAGACAUCCAGUAAUUUAACCAUAAGCGAAACCUCAUUUCAUUCCCCACGUCCUCAUGCAACGUGACGGCUUUUCUUACUCUAAUAGAGAUUUUCAGUUUGUUUUCUGCCAUUAACUUACAUGCUAAUGCCUCUGAUCACAACACACGGUGUAGUUAAGUACUUGAAUGGUGUUAAUAUUUGUGUGGGGGGUGAAAAUGGUUCAGUGUUCAUACGUACGCACAGCGCAAAACCUCAACGAAACCACUUAAGUACAUAAAGAGAGCCUCAAUAACCAAUACCAUUUAAAUAACGAAUAAUGGAACUUCAACUUCUUGUCAUCAAGAUGAUUGUAUGUACUUUCAGUUAUACGAUCAUGCGUUUGUACCAUUUUCGUUUUUAUUAUCGUAGUGCAGAUAUUAUUGAGCUCUGGUUAAAUGCAAUCAAACUGAAGUUAAUAUGAAUGUAAUGAAUUUUGAAAAAGCUUCAGUCUAAUACUAGACAUCUUUUCAUUCCUGUGCACUAGGCUUCAAAAGCUACCAGAAGGCUAAAGUUGAUAAAGACACUUUUAGCUGUGUUUCCAUCCAAAAACCUAGCAAGUUGAAAAAAAAAGGAAAAUAUGGCUUUUUAAAUAUAAACACGUUAUAAAACUUCUUUCACUAGACAAAAUAUAAAGAGAGUAAAUGAACAAAUUCAUAACGUAACAACUCUGUUUUAUCUUAUAUUUCACCUAAUGCUAGUAAAAUGUGUUUUUUUUUUCAGCUAGUCGCAUUUCCUGAUGCACUGAUGGUUUUAUAUACCUUAUAUAUAUAAAUAUACAUUUUUAAUUAUUUUGAAACACCUUUUCCCCUCUUUGGAUGGAAACAUUGCUAAGUGCUGUGGUGACUACGACACAGCAUGCACAGUCACUUCUUUGGUUCGUUGGAAUUUUGUUAGCCAGCCUGGACCAAGCUACGAAUAUAAAGCCUAAAUCUAACCAGUGUUACUGUUUGGUUUUAAGAAAAUUGAACAGAUGAAGAAGUGUGAAUUGUCAUCGUUUUACUUUGUACCGAGUGCAUUUGUUUAAUGUGUUUUAAUAAAUUCUCUCCAAUAUGAAAACUCUUAA